AUGCCAUUUAAAAACAUAUUCAACUCAUCUUCAACUUCGUUGAAUGAUCAGCAAUCAGUCUCGUCUCACAGAUCAUUUCUUAAACUGCUGAAGAAUACUAAUUCACGGCUGGUUACACCUAUCUCGACUGCUAGUUCGGUCGCUUCUAAACGGGAUGGUGGUGAUGCUAAUGUAAAUGCAGCCAGUGGGAGUAGGAUUUCUCCACAACCACCACAGGGACAAAACAACACUACAGUUCAGCAGCAGCAGCAGCAACAACAACAUCAUCAUCAUCAUCAUGGUGGCAUGCAUCAUCACAAGGACAAUCUGCAUCGCAAUAGUCCGUUUUCGAACCAUUCUUCAAAGACCCACUCGCCUUCGUCUUCAAACAGUGAUACGUCCUCCAAUAACAAGGAAGGAGGUGGUCCAUUGAAGCGUUUUCUCAAAAAGUUUAAACCCAGUGGAACUACUCAUAAACAAUCCAAACAUGCUGGCAGGCCAGAACCUAUCGACCAUGCUGCUCAAUUGUUUCACAGUUACGGAUUGCCGGGUAAAUUAUUAGGUACUGGGGCUAGUGGAUCGGUUAACUUGCUCACGUCAAAAACUGAUCCUAGUAAGAUAUAUGCUGUGAAGAAAUUUAGAAGCAGGUUACCCAAUGAGCAAGAAUCGGAUUAUACAAUCAAGGUACAGAAUGAAUACAAGGUCGGUGAAUAUCUCCAUCAUCAAAAUAUCAUCCAUACAUACGAAUUGAUUAAAGAUUAUUCAAAAGUUGGUGGUAAAGUUAUUGAUCCAGAUUACUACAUUGUUAUGGAAUACUGUCCUUAUGAUUUUUUCAAUUUAGUAAUGAGUGGACUAAUGAAGGAGAAUGAAAUCAACUGCUAUUUCAAACAAAUUGUACAAGGCGUCCAUUUCUUGCAUGAAAACGGAUUGGCACAUCGUGAUUUGAAGUUGGACAAUUGUGUGGUAAACACCAGCGGCAUUUUAAAAUUGAUAGAUUUUGGAUCCGCGGUACAGUUUGAGAAAGAAGUGCCCAAUGGCUAUUAUGUUACUGAGCAUGAUACCAUGUUGGAUUCGAACCAUAAAUUGAUUUACGCUAGAGGUGUGGUUGGAUCGGACCCCUAUUUAUCUCCCGAGGUGUUUGAACCCAUGGGGUUGGGAAAUGGAUAUGACCCAAGAACAGCUGACGUUUGGUCCAUUGCCAUCAUAUAUUGCUGUAUGAUUUUGAAGCGGUUUCCUUGGAAAUUACCCAAAUUGAGUGACCCUUCAUAUAGGUCAUUUGCCGGACCUCAAUUGAACCCUACUGCCAACCUGAUUGAAAAUGAUAUGAACAGUAUGCAUAUCGAUCAACAACAAACGCAGCAACAACAACUACAGGACAGGCAUGCGCAUCAUGGACCUCAAGGGCCAGAAAAGUUGUUUCGUUUGCUACCAGCGGAUUCUCGUAACCUAAUAAAAGGUAUGUUGAUCUUGGAUCCCAAACAGCGGUACUUGAUGUCUGAUGUGGCAAAGGAUCCGUUUUUGCAGAGUAUCAGAGAAUGUAAAGUGAUUGGCGAUCGUAACGACCAGCACACAGUGUCAAGCGACAAUCAUACGCAUCAUUUGGUGACGGAGGAGGAUUUGAAAAAAAUUGAACAAGAAAAAGAACGAUCGAAAAAGUUGAGAGAAGCGGGAAUGGGAUAG